UCUGGGGCUCAUUAUUUUCAAAGUCUUUUAGAUAGAAAAGAUAUUAUAGCAGGAUAUAUCUAUUUAUUUGUUCGUUACCUAGAAGAUUUAGCUCUAUAAUUUUUAAUGUUUUAAAAAGUGCAUUAUUUUCGUACUAUCGGUGAUUGAUCGAUGUCGAUGAAGAAACACAUUCAAUCGAAGACGUUUUAAUAAAUAUAGUCAAUAAUGGAGCAAUACAACAUCUUAGGCAGAAUUGGUGAAGGCGCUCAUGGCAUUGUAUUAAAAGCAAAACACAUCGAGAGUGGUGAAGUUGUUGCACUAAAGAAAGUACCUUUGCGUAACCCCGAGGAAGGCAUUCCGAAUACUGCUUUAAGAGAAAUCAAAGCAUUACAGCAGAUCGAAAAUAACCCUUAUGUUGUAAGAUUGAGGGAAGUUUUUCCACAUGGUGCAGUGAUUGUGUUUGUGUUUGAAUUCAUGUUAUCUGAUCUGUCUGAAGUUAUAAGAAAAGUGGAAAAGCCCUUAACUGAAGCCCAAAUUAAGUCUUACAUGUUGAUGCUGCUUAAAGGCAUUGCUUUCUGUCAUGAAAAUAAUAUUAUGCAUAGAGAUCUCAAACCUGCCAAUUUACUAAUCAGUUCGACUGGGCACUUAAAAAUUGCUGACUUUGGAUUGGCCAGAGUCUUCCAGAACAAAGGGGAACGUCUAUAUAGUCAUCAGGUCGCUACAAGGUGGUAUAGAGCCCCAGAGCUACUUUAUGGUGCUAGAAAAUAUGAUGAGGGUGUCGACUUAUGGGCAAUCGGAUGCAUAUUUGGUGAGCUGUUGAACAAUUCACCUAUUUUUCCAGGAGAGACUGAUAUUGAGCAGCUGUGUUUGGUGAUUAGAGUGCUGGGUACUCCCAAUGAGAAGACAUGGCCUGGGAUGUCAAAACUGGAUCUUCCUGACUUCCACAAAAUUUCAUUUCCUGACAAUGCUCCCAUUCCAUUAGAAGAAAUUGUCCCAGAUGCAUCUAAAGAUGCACUUGAUCUGCUCAAGCAGUUUUUAGUUUAUCCAAGUAAACAAAGAAUUUCAGCCAAUAAGGCCUUGCUGCAUCCCUAUUUCUUCACGGAACCCCUACCAGCUCACCAUUCUGAACUGCCCAUACCCCAAAGGUCAAGUCGAAGAAGUGGGUUGCAAUUAAAGCAUCAGACCCAUGACUAUGACAUUGAUAAACACAUUAUGGAUUCAUUGAUCGACCCAGAUCAGCUGGCACCUCAUGUUAUUAAAAUUAAAUAAAGUACUAAUUUAUCUUCA